AUGGCUGAAAAUUGGGAUCCAGAGGAAGUACCUGCUGUUGGAGGUGGUGCAGUAACUGUUGCAGAGUUACCUGAAGUGAAACUAUUUGGGAAGUGGUCCACAGACGAUGUACAAGUCAGCGACAUCAGUUUGACUGACUACAUAGCUGUGAAGGAAAAAUAUGCUAAAUUCCUUCCCCAUUCUGCCGGCCGCUACCAAGUGAAGCGUUUCCGUAAGGCUAUGUGCCCAAUCGUGGAACGCCUGGUCUGCAGUCUGAUGAUGCAUGGACGCAACAAUGGCAAGAAGCUGAUGGCUGUCAGGAUUGUCAAACACAGCUUUGAGAUCAUCUACCUUCUCACAGGAGAGAACCCUCUGCAGAUCCUGGUCAAUGCAAUCAUCAACAGUGGACCUCGUGAGGACUCUACCCGUAUUGGACGUGCAGGUACAGUUCGUCGCCAGGCUGUCGAUGUGUCACCACUCAGGCGUGUCAAUCUAGCCAUCUGGCUGCUGUGCACCGGAGCUCGUGAGGCUGCAUUCAGGAACAUCAAGACAAUUGCUGAGUGUCUCGCUGAUGAGCUCAUUAAUGCUGCGAAGGGUUCAUCCAACUCCCAUGCCAUUAAGAAGAAGGAUGAGCUUGAGAGAGUUGCCAAGUCAAACAGAUAA